AUGGAGCACCUUUCCUUACAUGAUGGAAACUCCUCAUCCUCUCACAGUUCAUUCAACUCGGAGCUCCUGUCUCGGACUGGCUAUACAAUACUGUCCGUUAUCAUGGGUGUGUUUUCCGUGUCUGGAAUCUUCCUCAAUGUCUUAGUGAUUGUGGUGACAGUGAGACACAGACAGCUGAGGCAGCCACUCAGUUACGCUUUGGUAAAUCUGGCCAUAUGUGACCUGGGCUGUGCUGUAUUUGGAGGUCUACCCACCACAGUAACCAGUGCCAUGGGAUACUUCAGCCUGGGACGCAUAGGCUGUGUUUUAGAGGGCUUUGCUGUCUCCUUUUUUGGUAUAUCAAGUCUGUGUACCAUCGCAAUAAUCUCUGUAGAACGCUACAUAGUGGUGUGCUAUCCCCAGGGGGCUAUCCUGUUCCAGACAAGACAUGCUGUUGCCGGAGUGGUGCUGUCCUGGCUGUGGUCGUUUUUGUGGAACACUCCACCUCUGUUUGGCUGGGGAAGUUUUGAGCUUGAGGGGGUCAAAACCUCCUGCGCCCCUAACUGGUACAGCCGGGACAUCGGGAACAUGUCCUACAUCAUCUUAUACUUUUUGCUGUGCUUUGCUGUGCCAUUCACGGUCAUCGUAGUAUCUUACUCAAGACUGUUGUGGACCCUCAGGCAGGUGACCAAGCUGCAGAUAUGUGAGGCUGGAAGCACAAAUCGUGUGGAGAUGCAGGUAGCACGUAUGAUAGUGGUGAUGGUGUUGGCUUUUCUAGUGACCUGGCUUCCAUAUGCUGGCAUGGCCCUUGCUGUCAUCAUGGACUCCAGUUUAUAUAUUAACCCCAUCAUCGCUACCAUACCAGUUUACUUGGCUAAGAGCAGCACUGUCUACAACCCUCUCAUAUAUAUUUUCAUGAACAGACAGUUUCGGGGAUACGCUGUUCCCACUGUCCUGUGUGGAAGGAACCCGUGGGAAACCGAUUCACAAGUUACUGAGGACGAGACCACAGUUUCUUCUCUCAACAAGAUCGCAAGAGUCUCACCCAAACAAUCUUUGAAAGAUUAA